AGGGCCUGUGUUAGCAACCGAGCAUAUUUAUAUAUAGUUCAGUUAUUCAUCUUCGUUGUGAGCAGUCCUUUAGGAUUAUUAUUUUCUCUUAUCACAAGAGAAUUCGCGUAUUUUAGAGUUGAAAUGGUUUGUUUAAUGCACAAAUUAUGAAAAACAUUACUCCAUGAAACGUGGACGGAUUUGAAUGUUUUUGAUGCCUAUUACUAUUGGAUAAAUAUAUAGACAGCUACCACGAUUCUCAAGAUUCAGGGCUCAGUUCUGACGUAAAGACCCGUUUCUUGCUGUAUUCUUCGUAAUUUGGAAAAAAGAGAUCACAGAUAAGUCGAAAAUCGCAAACAUCUAAAGUUCUAAAAUUCAGCUUGGUCGAGUAGGUGGCCAUCUUUGAAGCAACAAGAAAAUGGCUAUCUACUAUGUAGAUUAAUACCGAAGCUCCAUCAGUAACCCGCAAAGUUCGAUGAAUUCCUCUUCUAACAACGUUACAACUAACAUGACGGCUCCUCGGUGCAUUCAGACCUUUGACACCACAACGCAAGUCGUCCUAACCAUAGGGUAUGCCAUCAUCUUCCCCGUAGCGCUCCUUGGCAACUCCCUGGUUCUGUUCGUAGUAUACCGACAUCAAAGUCUACGAAAUGCUCUCAACUACUUGAUAGUCAACAUGGCCAUUGCAGAUCUGCUCGUCACGAUUUUCACAAUGCCUUACUCUAUGGCUUACUUGUUCAUAAAGAAUCUCUGGUUCGAAGGGGUGUUCGGUGAUGUCCUCUGUCGAACGGUUCACUUCUCCCUGGCUGCGUCCAUCGGCGCUUCCAUCUUCACUCUAAUUACCAUGACUUUAGAUAGAUUCAUAUCRAUCGUCUAUGUUUGGGAAAAAACACUAACUCUUGGAUCCUCGAAGCUUGUUUUAGUUCUAAUUUGGGUGCUUUCUUUUGGAAUGUUCGGUUUUUACUUACGGCUAUAUAGGGUCGAUUAUAUUUAUGGGGGGUUCCGAUGCUACCCAAAAUUUUCGGAUUUCCUUCCGCAGGAGUUUCCAGUGAUUUUUGCCAUUUGCUUGUUCGUCUUCCUCUAUGCAAUCCCUCUUCUCUUAAUGGGGAUUCUUUACUCCAUUAUUUGUCACAAAUUACACAAACAGAAAAUGGAAGGAGGUGACCAGCAGAUUGAGAAGAAGAAGAAACGAGUGGUCCAAAUGUUGAUUACAGUAACGAUCUCAUUUGCCAUCUGUUGGUUGCCACUACACAUCCUUCACUAUUACAUCUACUUCGACAUCAAGACCUAUCAGUGUCUACACACCUUCUUGAUCUUGGGAGGCUUCUGGCUGGGGCAUGCUAACAGUGCAGUGAAUCCAUGCCUCUAUGUUAUCUUUAACAAAACAUUUCGUAGAGCAUUCCUCAAGGCUUUGCAUUUGAGCAGUUUCGACAGUCUGAACUCACAAGGCACGUACCUAACAACCCAGGGAUCGAGGAGGGUCAAACGUCUAACGUUCAAAGAAGAAMAAGAAGAGGACACGUUCGCAAGACAGAUGUCGCAGAGGUUUCGGGUUUCGUUCGCGAAAGCAUACGCAAAGAUACGAACUGCUAGCUGCGAUGAAGAUGCUGGUGGGAUCGACAAGAGAAAGAGUUUGGUGGUUGUAUCUGAGAGAAUGACUAGUCUUUAAAGCGAUGGCUGACGGCAUUAUUCCCAUAAUAGGAAAAGCCUUAUGCUGGAGGAUUAAACAGAAGAUGCAAAGCAUCUAUCAAAUGAGGACGUAGUUAAUUCAAACCAUAGCACAAGACUGUGCAAUGUAAAGCAGUGUAGAAUUGGCGGCACGACCAAUUAUAUCAACCUAAAAACGUUGCAAAAAGUAUUUAGAGGGUCUAGACAUAACUAUCAUCGUAAAAGCUUAUGUUCAAUAUAUUAAAUUUGUUUUCGAAGAACAUCUCCAGAGGUCGUUUGGUAUUCACACAAGCUCAACCCAAAUGGAGGCCGCCCUUCGCUGAUGUUGAGCAAAAUGGCAGGAAAGCGCCUCUUUUGGAAUAAACUCCUCUGAUAUCAUCAAUUCUAAGUCAUAAUCUCCACCAAAACGAAGGCCUAUGGUCUACAAUGAGACGCAGCCUUAUAUGACCCUUUUUGCUAAUGCUCAACAAACAAUUGGGAAACGACGUUGAAGUCAAUCGUUCAAGUUUCAACUCUCCCUGGUACGGACACCGAAGGAAAGGAGCCAAGUGUCAUAGGUAUAUGCAUAACUAAAUCUAGUCAGUGUAGCUAGGACCAAAGAAAGUGUCCGUAAUAGAGAGGUCUGUCUAUAAGUAAAUAAGUGCACCCAGGAC